AACAAGGCAAUGUGAUUGAUAGCCAUUUUGGAGAACCUUUUGUUGGUGUUUUGUGAAUGUUUUCAUGUAAAUUUUGUAAUAAUACAAUAAUAAUAAAGUAAUUCUAAUAUGUAUAAUACAUUGUUGUAACAAAACAUCAAAUAUUUACAUUCUAUACUGUUGUAUUGUUUGUGUAGUGAAGACGCAUUGUGAUUAAAAAACCGGAAAGAACACUUAGUGUAAAAGUUUUAUAUUUUUAUUUUAUUUAUCGGUGUGUUGUAUUGUAACGUUUCAGAAGACUACUUUUUAGUUUGAGUUUAGUGAAGUGUUUUAGACCCCGUAUAUUAUUUACGUCGCGUGUUUUGUUGUACGUAAAAUUUAGAUCGCCACAAGAUGGCCGCCCAAUGCCCGCUUCGCCAAAACUUGCUCGCGGGCCCCGAUGUGUCAUCAGGAAACAAAUGCUUUGCGAGCAUGCUGUGAACCGGCGUCUCGCACCCCGACCGUGUUUUCCGGUCGUAUUCGGCGAGGUUCCAUUACAUAAAAUGGAAUUUCGCUUGAGGCGCCAAAAUAUGAUGGGUGUUGACACAACUUCAAUACCGUACCGUUACUCUGACGGCUGUACAAAAUAAUCGUUGAUAAAAAUGAGCGAGCCGGACGACGUUGGCAGAGAUGUGUGGAAGCGAUGGAUAUUGGAAGCGAUACAUAAAAUAAGGUCUCAAAAACAGAGACCCAGCGUAGAGAGGAUCUGUCAUGCAAUAAGACAGCAUCACAACUAUCAUGAGGAUGUUGUUUCGGAGCGUUUAGAGCGGGCGGUUCGAGAUGGUACCGUUCUGAAGGUGUAUAACAAGGGUCAGAGCUCAUACAAGGACCCUGGUGGUCUGCAGAACAAGUCUCUUCGCAUUUCGCCCGAUGUGGACGUUUCGCGGGCUGUGGCGAAGGCUGUUCGUGAAUUGGGCGAGCGUGACGGUUCAACUUUGCGGGCUAUAGAGAAAUAUUUAAGGCAGGCAUAUCAAGUGGCAGUGGGGCCAGAGGUGGAUGUUCGAGGUGUGUUAAGGUCUGCAGCUAAACGAGCAGUGGCCAGGGGCUUAUUGAUUCAUCAUGCAGGUUCUUAUAAGGCAACUGAAAGACCUUUGACUUCACCUGGGGAGCGUCCUUCAAAGCAGAGGGUGAAGAGUUCUUCAGAGCCUGCUGAUAAGAAUUCCAGUCAGGGUGGUGCGCCCGUUUGCACUGAGUGUCUCAGUACCGAUACAGAUAACGGGCUAGGUUCAGUGGAAUUGCUCAUCAGUUGCCAACAGUGCAAGUUGUUUGCUCAUCCCACCUGUGUUAACUUGAUCGAGCAUGUCAGUCAGGCAGCUAUAAAGUCGUGCCGGUGGUACUGCGGGGAGUGCGCGCGGUGCGAGGAGUGCGGGCCGGGCGCGGGGGAGGCGGGCCCCGCGGGGGCGGCGGGGGCGGCGGGGGAGGCGGAGGGCGGGGCGGCGCGGCGGUGGGCGGCGCGGUGCGGGGGCUGCGCGCGCGCCGCGCACGUGCGCUGCCGCCCGCCGCCCUGGCGCUGCGCCCGCUGCACGCGCCCGCCGCACCACAGAUCGACAAUGGGGGGGACUCCAAAAAGGAGAAAACCGAAGACGCCGGCGCGUCGUAUCAACUCCGACGACGAGCCAUCGGACGGUAAUGACCCGCCACCCUUCACUCGCAUCCCGUCCGAACAGAGAAUGUCCAAGGAGAAACAAAAAUUUUUUAGAUUCUCCGCGUUCAAUUUAGUAAAGCGGAGACAAUGUAGAGAGUCGUCGAGCGAGUGGGAGGGGUGGGAAGGGGGGUCGAGGUGGGGGGGCGUGCGCGUCACGCGCGUGCAGCGCCUCGAGCUGCGCCUCGAGCCGCGCUCCCCCACGCCCAGCGACGCGCCCGGCUCCUCCUCCGUCUCUAUCUCCGCAUCCGCAUCCGCCUCUGCGUCCGCGUCCGCAUCCGCGUCCGCCUCCGCAUCCCCUUCCGCCUCCGCAUCCGCCUCCGACUCCGAGCCCCCGCCGCUACGCGCGCUGCUGCCCGCGCCCGCGCCCGCCCCCGCGCACCUGUCCGCCGUGUUCGAGCGGCUGGCCGCCGACGCCAACCCCGACGGAACCUGGGGCUUCGCCGCCGAAGCGCAGAAGCAGCGACGCAUCGAGGAACCGCCGAAGUCGCCGCAGCGCAGGCCUAAGUCCCCCGACAAGCGCCGAGUGGUUCGCCGCAGUAGGUGCGGCGACAGGUUACUGACCACGUUGUUCGACGGCCUAUCCGAGUUCUACUCGGUGCGAACCGCGUCGAGAUCUCAGUCUAGACAUCGAUCGGCGAGGACGGUCGAGCCUGAGGAGGAUCGGCAGGUUUUGAAGGAGACUAGAAGCACUUUUAAGCGAUAUCAGGCGGCUUUGAGCCGCGGGCGAAGUCCCAGUAGAACGAAAAGUCCCGGCCGCGCGCAGAGCCCCGGUCGAGCGCGCAGCCCCAGUCGGGCGCGGAGCCCCGGUCGAGCGCGGAGCCCCGGUCGACCUCGGAGUCCCAAUCGGGCGCGGAACGUCAGUCGAACGCGAAAUCUCAGUCGCACGCCGAAUCCCAGUAGAGCUCGGAGUCCCAGCCGAACGCGGAAACCCAGUCGCGCGAGGAGUCCCAGUCGGACGAGAAUCAAUCGAGCGAGGAGUCGGUCGCGGCCGAAACUAGAGAAAAAGCCGGAUGCGCGGCAACAAAAGGGCGCAGAUAGAGAGCGCAGUAGAUCGCGCGGUCGAGAGGUAGAGAGCGGGCGCACGGCGGGCGAGGAGCGGCUGUCGGCCUCGGCGCUGGUUAGGACGCUGGCGGCCGGCAAGCACCGCGCCGCGCCCGAGGACGCGCGUAAACUGUACCGCGGGGUAGCGCUGGCCAGCCGGGCCGCCGCGCCCAGGCCGGCCACCGAUCAGACGGAGUGCGCGCGGCUGCCGGCGGGCGUGGCGGCGUGGGACGCGGAGGUGUUCGCGGAGGCGCGCGCGGCGGGCGCGGGCGCGGAGCCCGAGGCCGAGCCCGCCGCGCGCUGCCCCUCCGCCAUACAGUUCGGACAGUGGGAGAUCGACACCUGGUACUCCAGCCCCUUCCCGCAGGAGUACGCCAGACUCCCGAAGCUAUUUCUCUGCGAAUUCUGCCUAAAAUAUGCAAAGAGUCGAGCGGUGCUGAUGCGGCAUCUGGACAAGUGCUUGUGGCGACAUCCACCCGCCACCGAGAUAUAUCGCUGCGGCGACAUUUCAGUGUUCGAAGUGGAUGGGAAUGCGAACAAGAUCUAUUGCCAGAAUUUGUGCCUGCUCGCUAAGCUCUUUCUCGACCACAAAACUCUGUACUAUGACGUGGAGCCGUUUCUCUUUUAUGUGCUGACAAAAAAUGAUAGCAAAGGUUGCCAUUUAGUUGGCUACUUUUCCAAAGAAAAACAUUGUCAGCAGAAGUACAAUGUGUCUUGCAUAAUGACGAUGCCGCAGUAUCAGAGACAGGGUUACGGAAGAUUCCUGAUCCAUUUUAGUUAUUUACUUUCAAAAGAGGAAGGCCAGCCGGGUACUCCAGAAAAACCUUUAUCAGACCUUGGAAGAGUUUCAUAUCAUGCAUACUGGAAAUCUGUAAUUCUCGAAUUCCUCCAUGACCGUAAAGAUAAGCCAUUCACAUUUGAAGAAAUUGCUCAUAUGACAGGCAUGCACAUGAAUGAUAUUGCCGUAACAUUUCAGUUGUUAGGAUUUGUAAGAUACCUACCAAAUAACGAAGAGGUUAAAUUGGGACUCUGUAUAGAUUGGCAUAAAGUGGAAAAUCACGUGAAAAAGUUAAGAAGUAAACCACGAUUGGAGAUAGACCCAGAAUGCCUUAGAUGGACGCCUCUUCUGGCACCUACAGUAAAUCCUUUCAGAUCACCAGAGGAGGCGUCUGGGGACCAAGAAACUGAGAACGAGGAGACAGAACCAAAAUCCGAUAGUGAUGCUACGGCCACGGAGUCGGAAACUCCCACAGCUAGUACUGCUAAAAUUCCUACUACUACAAAGAUUCCUACCAAAAUAGAGAAAGAGGAACUACCGGUAGAGGUAACAUCUUCUGGGAGAAGACGGACCAGACCCCUUAAGUAUAGUGAAACUACUUAUCAGACGACGCCGGCCGUCAGCGAUGGCAAUCGAAAGAGGAAACGUGAUCUCAGUAGAAAAAUGUCAGAGUCAAACUUUGAAGAUAUAAAGGAUGACGAGACGCCCAAGCAACAAGCAAGUAAGAGUACAUCUAGAAGAUCCUUAAGAGUCCAAAAUGAAGAUAACAAUGACAAUAAUAGUCAAAGAAAUAGAAGACCUAGUAUGAAAGAUACUCCAGUAUAUGCUUCUGACAGUCAAGAAAGUCAGGAGGAAAGUGCAAAUAAUACAUUAGUUGCUACUCCAAUUGUUAAUACUAUUAAAGCUAAAACUAAACGGAAAAUGAGUUGGAAAGGACGGCCGAGGAAACGUCAAAGGGUCAAUAAUAAAACAGUAGCUAGAACUAGUUCACCAGUGAUUAAGAAAGCUAAACUAAAUGACAAUAAAGAUGUAAUCAAUGAUUAUAAAAAAGAUGAUCCUAUACAGGAAGCAGAUAAAUUGCCCGAGAUGCCUGUGGAUGAGCAAAACACUCCAAAUAAAUUAAGUGAAGAUAAAGAAAAAAGUAAAAAUUCCGAUGAGAGCUCUGAAGAUUCCUCUGGUGAAGCAGAUGAUGAAAUGGAUGUAGAGGAAAUCGAAAACAGAAAUGACGCUCUUAAACCGACCACACCACAUAAUACGGAAGAAAAUAGUACAGAUCAUCACACUAGUGACAUGGAACUUGAUAGUAUACACAUGGAUUCUCCUAAAUCUAUAGCAGAGAAAGAGCAGGACAUGAAUGACAUGGCCAUAGACAAGCCCGAGAAAGAUAAUGAGGAAAUAAAAUGUAAUGAAAAUGAUAAAGACAAAAUUGAUGAAAACAUGACAAAAGAACCUGCAGAAAUAAAUGAGGUGACAGAGGCAAGAAAUGGCGUAAAGAAAUCACCUUGUAAACCACCUCUUGACGAUAAGGACACAAUUAUUAUAUCAGAAUCUGACGACAAUAAUAGUCAAAGCUGUCCACUCCCAUCACCCACGUCACAUUCUGUAGCGCCGGUAUUGCAGAAUAAUGAGAAUAAGCCAAAAGAGAUUGAAGAAAACGAAAGUCCGUCUAAAGUUAUACCAGUCGUAUCAACAGAAAAUGCCCACAUAGUAUUAGAUCCUAAAGUGCAGGAGGAAGUUAGUACAGCAAGACCUGUAGUAGACAGCAUCUCACCAAAAAUCCACUUGAUUGAAACAAUUGUCGUGGAAGGGGAGUCUGACAAUGCCAAUUCCCCAAUUAUAUCACCUAAGAAAAAUGACAAAUCGGUUAUUAGCGAAUCUCCAAAACAAAAGAGUUCGCCGGAGAAAAUGGAAAUAGAGGUAAUUUGUGAACAGAAAAAAAGUGAAGUUAGAAAGGAAACUGUGAUACAACAUCAAGCCAUAGAUGAAAGUAAGACUCCAGAGAAAAAAUCGCCAACAAAAAUCGAAACAAUUAUUCAGAAUUUAGAUCCCCAGAGAGAACUAUCAUCAAUCGUAAAAAAACCAGAUCCCUCCAAGAUAGACUCUUUUCAAGAAUCAGAUAAUAGAAAUAAGAUUCAAUAUCCAAUUGUAAGUAAAGAGAGUGAAAUUACCUUUCGAAAUGAAGCAUACUCAAGAAAAGACGAAGUUGUUAUAACAAGAAAUAUAACAGACCACAACUUUCAAAACGUACCAAAUUAUCAAAAUCCCGUGAACAGUUCAAUGACUAUACAACAAAUAAAUUCAGCGCAACAUUCAUUUCUCAAUAACAGAUCAAAUAUAAACAAAGAAUCUCAAUCAAUACAGACUGAAGUUCUGAAGUCAAAUGAACAGAAUCGUGUUAUAAAUAGUAUGGUAGACACUACACCAGUGAUAAGUAAACCCGCAACAAAAUUAGAAGUACCCCAUCCUAUAUCUUCUCCAGUUAUAAACCCAGUGAUACCAAAAGUCCCUAAUGUGUCAGAAAUAAAUUUUUUACCCAGAUGCCAUAGCGCUAACCCCGCUAUAAACAUAGGUCUUGAUAGAUCGGAAUUGGAAGCAAACUAUGCAAAUAAAACUAUAGCCUUACAAGCUUCUAUAGCUGGUUCAAUGAAUAUCGUGCAGAGUAACUCCCAAGACAAAAAUGACUCUAAACCUAGAGAAAAGAGCAAACUUCGGGAUGUACGCGUGAAUUCCGCUCACAGCAAAAUAGAGAAAACGGAAAAGAAAACUAAUAAAAACGAUACACCAAGAAGUACACCAGAACCCAAACUGUUUUUUCCUGAGCAAAACACCAAUACUAGAAAAUCAGAGACGUCUGUCCCUAUAAAUGUUAUUAAUUCUGUAGCGGUCACCAGCAAAGUAGAGAGUAAAUCGUCAAACGAAGCGCCAAAGAAGCAGGAUUUUUUUAAGAAAGAAAAAUCAAGUGCCAGCAAGUGUGAGUCGAAGAAUACUUCGGUUAAACACGAUAAGAGUUGCACGAGUCAGUUAAAUUUAAAGGCUUCUGUCGACCAUCAGAACGAUGUAAACAAAAUGUUGUCUAAAUUGAAAUACGACAAUGAGUUGAUGCCUAAAGCUGAUUAUUCAAUGAAUCAAAUUCCAAACUACCAUACGACGCACGCACAAUACCAUCAGUGGGCCCCGUGGUCAGACCCUACUGUUGGUCGUCUACAGAGUGGAUGGGAUCCCAAUAGGUUUAUAGAUAUGAAAAAUGACAAAAACUAUUUUGAUAAAUUACAACAGUUUAACCUUCCCACUCUGGAUCAAAUGCAAAAGUCUCCUCAAAAAUUGCAUGGGAAAUACGAUCAGAAAGAUUUCCACAACAUAGCAUAUGGAGCGCUUUCGAGUGGGAUAUACGCUACAGGCCUCGCUCAUCUGAAGGAGACGAAGGGGCCGAAAACGUCUGAAUGUUCGCAGAAGAGUGAUUGUAAACCAUCAAAACAAUCAAAAACGACUACUGCGUGCCAGACACAGUGCGAGUCUAAGAAAUCGGCAGACGCUCAGAUGAAGCAGAUGAUGCAACGACAAGCUAACAAGCAACAGGAGGCGACUAGCUGCGCGGAGUACCGCCAGAGUACGCAAGUGCUGGCGUCGCCCGGUUGUAAGACGCCUUUCAACCAGAACGGUCCGUGUCAGGAGAAGGAGAUCGAGAAGAAAUCUCGCCAGACUAAGAAGGAAGAAUCUCCGAAAGAUACGAGCAAGGAAGAGAUGUGCGAAGCGGUGAGCCCGGCGCUGCAGUCGAUGGGCGUGUAUACGCCGGACUCGACCAGCAACUCGGUGCACUCGGUGCAGUACCCGGCGUGCGAGCUGGACGUGAGCCAGCUGGGGCUCGAGUCGCCCACCAGCAUCGGCUCCGACAUGGCCUCGCCCUGCUCCAUGAUGCACAUGCACCCGGCGCCCAGCCCGCAGUACUCCUCCCUGCACAUCCCCUCCAUCAUGACGCAGCCCAAUCAGCCGCCCAAGCAGCAAAAGAUCAACAAUAGGAAUAGGAACAACAAUUCGAGCGGCGGAGGAGGCGGCGGCGGCGACAGCAAGGCGUUGCGCAGCGCGCCCACCCCGCCCGCCGCCCCCCCGCGCACCCGCGCCACCCCGCCCGCGCACGCGCACCAGCACGCAGGCGGCACGGUGAUGCAGGCGAGCGGCGGCGGCGGCGCGGGCUACCAGGGCGGGUACCUGCCGUUCCAGCAGCAGCAGCAGUACCACGCGGGCGUGGCGGGCGUGGCGGGCGUGGCCAGCGUGGCGGGCGUGGCGGGCGGCUCGUGGGGCGCGCCCAGCUGCUCGCUGGCCAAGCUGCAGCAGAUGGCCGACGCGCCGCAGCACCACCACCCGCCGCACCCGCCGCACCCGCCGCACCCGCCGCACCCCCCGCACCCACACACGCCGCCCGCGCACCAGAAUGAGUUGUUGCAGUACGCGCAGCAGGCGGGCACCCCCCCGGCGGCCGGCGUGGGAGGCGUGGGGGGCGUCGGCGGAGUGGGCGGACACUACCACGCCAAGUACUACCCCCCGCACAACCAGCUCGACUCGCCCAGGAACACCAGGAACGCCUCCAGCAACCUGAGCCCGAUGCAGCACAUGCAGAUAGCGCCCGGGUCGCGCAUGUCGCCCAACAUCAACACGCACAUAAUCAGCCAGUACGGGCUCAACGGGUACCGCAUGUCGCCGCAGCAGCAGUUCAACAACCUGCCCGUGCAGAUGAUGAACAUGCAGGGCGGCGUGCAGUACGGCGGCGCCGACCCGCGCGGACAGCAGCCCAACGUCUACUACGGCUACAUCAACCCGCCGCCGCUCGCCAUGCAGCCGCUCAACUCCACCACGCGCCGGUAGCCCGCCCCCACCACCACCACCACCACCACC